AAACCGCUUGGCGAGUCCAGAAGAGGGGAGGUGGAGGUGUCGGUCCGGGUUAUGUAACAGUACAGACUCCCAUAUUUUUAUUCACCUACACCCAACAGUACAACUAUGGAAAACAACUGUUCCCAAAUGCUUCUUCACUCUCGGGGUUAUUUUAAGUGAUUGCAAGCAGACGGGACAGGUAGGAUUAUGUUUUCUAGAAGAGCAACGGAGGCACAGAACUUUUAAGCAACCCGCUUUCUGUUGGGAACAUAAAACAGGCAACGGUAAAAUGAGAACACCCUGUCCCCUUCUGUCUCGGCCCACUCCUGCACCAUCGAAGUAUUUAGAACGCAGUAAAUUCUAUCAUUGCGUAUGGUUCCUGACUGGCACAGGAUACGGGGAGCCCUCUGCAGAGGCCAUGGACCCAAUGACCUUCCCAAGCGCUGCUUCGGCGUCACCUCCACCAGCACCCUGGGUCUCUCCAAAGCAUCACUAACUCUCCUUACUGCCUACAUAGAGUUUUCCUCGCAGAGAAUUCACCCUCAGUAAUCUCCCCGGGAAGGGUGUGCAAAGCUGUUUCUGAGAGGAUCACGAGGCGUGCGACAAGCACGCUGAUGGGUUGGAAUGGAUGCUUUCCCGGGACCUCCAAGGCUCAGGAAGGGCACCCUGGGCUCUUGCAUCCCUUCUGCCUCCUUAACUGGAACAGAUAAAAGUAGCAGGUACCGCUCCCCAGCUUCUGCAAAACGAACUCAAACAAUCGUUAAAUGCUUCCCCGGUCUGGGAGAAACACUAACAAAUGAGGCUGGAAGAACACUGAGAACGAAGCGCAAAGAAGCGCGAGCGGGAGAACGGUGGAAAGCAAAGGGUUCCUUGCACUGAGGGCAGGAAGCCUCGCGAGAUCUAGGGGUCGGGAAUCUCGUUGCGUUGCCUAGCGACCAAAAGACGCUGGCGGGCCCCCUUAGCGAAACCCCAGCUGGAGCCCCGAGAGUCCUACCAUGGGGGAAGAAGGCAGCGGCCGCAGCUGUGGGAUCACCAGGGACCUGCAGAAGCUGAAGCAGCAGGCGAUGGCGUACUACCAGGAGAAUGACGUCCCCCGCAGGCUGGAAGAGCUGCUCAACUCCACCUUCUACCUCCAGCCCGCGGACGUCUACGGGCACCUGGCAAACUACUUUUCUAAACUUGCAAAGCCUCCCUCCAUAUGCAAAGUAGCAGGAAAAAUCGUACUGGAUGGACUGGGACUUCCUACUCUCCAGGUGGAAAUCUCCUGCACCAUCCAAAAUCUCCCCAAGUACAUCUGUUCCGUGGUGAUACCUGCGCACUUUGAAGUCCCAGAGAAUGCCCCGCCAGAGGUGGCGGACACCGAGGAGACAGAACGGCACCUGGCAGUGAGCACGGCUCUGCAGUGGGUCAAUGAAUGCAUGACAGAGGAGCUGUGGGGUCUGGUGCCCUCCAACCAGGCAGAGGUGGACCACAGGCUCAGGCUAUUCUUUGAAAAUAAAGUACAAGAAGAUAGAGAGAGAAAAGAGUUGGAAAGGAGCCUUGAGGAGUCAGUGCCCGCACCUCCACCUGUAAUCCUGCCACCACCUCCUCCACCUCCCACCAAGAAGAAAGGGCAGAAGCCAGGGCGGAGGGACACGCUUUUGGAAAAACCUAUUAUCCCCCCAGAACCCCCUGAACCCAUCCUUCAUGGUAGCAUGGCCAUAGGCGCUGUUUCACUAGCGGUGGCGAAAACCAGUGCCAGCCUGGCCAGUGUCCCUCUGUACAUGAACAUUGCAUCCCUGAAGCAUGGCCAGGAGCAGCCAUCAGCGGCGACACUCACCAUGCCUCUGCUGAUGGGAUCUGUGCUCAGUUGCGGGAAGGCAUCACCCGGGAAGCUAAACUUAAUGAAGGAAGUGAUUUGCAUCCCCCAUCCUGGAUUAACAACCAAACAAGUACCUGACUCAGCUAAAACAGUUUUCCUACUUCCCCCGCCCAAUCCUCCACCAUUGGGUAUAGAGUUGCUCCUGGAGAUUCAGAAACAAAUCAACAGAGUGAUUGAGACGCUCCCACCUCCAAAACCAGAGACCAAAAAGGGGCAUGAUGGGGGCAAAAGAGGUCAGCAGCCGAUCACGGGCAAGAUGUCCCACCUUGGCUGUCUAACUGUUAACUACGACACCAUAGAGCAGCCGCUGCUUCUUAUCCAGGGGAUCUGCUCGAACCUGGGGCUAGAGCUGGGAAUGAGCCUGCACCUGGCCAUCAACUGCGCUGCGCACGAGUUAAUGGACUACAGCAAGGGAAAGUACGAAGUGAUGGCGGGCACAUACAAAAGCAUGGCUGAGAUGGUGGACCUGUAUGUGGAUCUGAUCAACAAGUAUCCUGCCAUCAUUGCCUUGAUUGACCCCUUCAGGAAGGAGGACUCUGAACAGUGGGACGGCAUCUAUGCUGCUCUUGCUUCCAGGUGCUACAUCAUUGCAGGGGCUGCUUCCAGAAGCGUCUCCAAACUCCUGGAGCACAGGAAUACCAGCACCCCCAAAUCCCACGGGCUGGUCAUAAACCACACAAACCAAGCCACCAUGUCUGACUUGGUUGAAAUAACCCAUCUUCUCAAUGGUAAAAAGCAGCUCGCGGUCUUCGGGAGCACGGAGGCAGAGUCCUCUGAUGACAGCCUUGUCGAUCUGGCUGUUGGACUCGGCGCCCGGUUUAUCAAGUUGGGGGGUCUUUCUCGGGGUGAACGAGUGACCAAAUACAACCGCCUUCUCGCUAUAGAGGAAGAACUCAUCCAGAGUGGAACACGGGGUUUCAGUGAAGAACACAAUUUUUCUUCCUUCCAAGAGGAUGCUGAAAAGACACCAGAGGCUACUGCCACAAUGGCGGAGGAAACUCUCGGGCCCCUGGACUCCAUCUUCCCUACAGAAGUUGUGGAGGAAUCAGCUAAGCCAUGAGCCUCCUGGGGCUGGACUCCGGAGCAUACCAACACCACAAGUGUUGGCUAGCCGGCGUGAAGGGUGUCUCCAUGCUGGCUCGACUCCUAGCUCCAGCAGCUUGGGCACGCAUUUUAUUCUUCCAGCUUCACCAUUGGAUAAAGUAAACCCCUGGUGGUUUUACCUUAAGUUCCGUGAACUUUAUUUUACAGCCAUCACAUUGCCAUGGGGACACAGGUUCUACCGUCUAAAUCUGAAGAUCCUGACCUGACUUCAUUGAGGCUAAUACAGUGUGAUGUUAGGCCCCAUACUCAGUCAGGCACCGUUCCCUUCUCAAGUCAGAACACCUUCGAUAGCUCCCAGUGCCCACAGGCAUCCACUGAUUGUAUUAGUACCUCUGCUAACUUCAGAUGGUUUUCAUAGCCAGCCACAUGCACCAAGCACCACGGGGCAGCACCACAGGGCUGUCUGCAGGAACACUUUCUUUCCUCUUAGCUUCUUCCUACUCUUGAUUGCCUUCCACCCAUCCUUUCCUCUCAGGUUUUCCUCAUUCCCGUAUGACUUUCUCCUUAGAUCUUUUUUGGAACAGAGUUGGGUAUAACUUAAUAAGCACAUUUGCAAAUGGAUAUUCGUAGCAUCGUCCAGUGCCCUCUUAUUUACACCCCAGCAUGAAGAAAGGAGCAGCAAGUGGUUAAAACGAUGAUGACAAAUUCAUGUUGACAGACGCACCUCUUCUGUGCGUCAGUGCUGGGCUUUUAGUACCGAAGUGAAUAUUCAAGCAGGGAGACAAUAGCAGCCAACCCCUUACAUUAUCACAUCCUUUGUUCGGUGAGUUAGCACAAGGGCUGUUUGUAACUAAAGACUACAUAAAUCGCAGGGUCCUGGCCUGCAGCAGAAUCAUUUCAGUCCCGGCUUAAAUAGUCUGUUUUGAGGAGAAUGACCAAGGGAACAUCACGUCCUCAUGGGAGAGCCAGCCCCUCCCUCUCAGCACUGCGAUUUGAGAUUGGCUCAGUGGCAGUCUCUUUGAAGCAUGGCAUGGGGAACUGGUAAGCAUCAUUCCAAGCCUGGGAAAAUGUGUCACAGUUUGUGGUGGCCACUGUCUCUCCUGACACUUAACAACAAACAGUGGGGCAGAAGAAAUUGAAAGGAAAAUCCAUUUUAAAGUCAGGAUGGGGAAGAGGAGGUGUUUACCUGGCCCUGGCAGUUGUCCUCAUGACAUGAGUAUGUUUGCGAUGGAUAUAAAUUCUAACCAUUGAAACCAGAGCGAAAUAACGACCAGGUCAGUACCUUAGUGUCGGCCCAGAAUGCACUCUGCUCAUAUUAGCUUUGCUCGAGGACAGUGCACCAACGGAUAGGUGUACUUUUCUUAGAGGGCUAAACUGCCUCUCUUUGUUGUUUAUUCAUUUUCUUAUUUGCAUGCUCCUUCCCUCUCUCUCCCCAUUCUUCCCUUGCUGAUAAAAUGCAUAACAUCAUCUAUAAAGAGAUGAAAGGAAUUCAUCAUAGCCUAGAUUAAAAAUGACCGUGCGAUGGAUACGAAGCCAUUCCAGAGCUUCUAUAACAGUAACAAAUGGGCUACCCAUCCUCCACAACCGUCCAAGUUGCUCUCUGCUGAAGGUGAUUUGAACAUAGUGGGUCUUUGCAAAAGCACUCCAGGAUGUGUGUAAGACUGUGUGGUACAAGCUGUUGCUUGGCCAACAGGCAACCUAAAGUGGUCUGGAAAGAUGACCCAUGGUCAUGCUGACCUUCCCCUGUGCAAUAACCCUCUUACUGUUCAUGAAAGUACAGAAGGAGUUACUUGGCAGAGCCAUAAUACGCACACACUCACACACGUGCACACACUCACACACACACACACACACACACACACACACACGGUUUAAGCAGACCAACCCUGUCAAGCAGAUGCCCCAAGCUGGAAAACUAAUGACUGACUUUUUGUGUGGGACUUGCUCAGACAUAAGGGCUGCAGGCAUCUUAAUGAAGUCCUUCCUCUCCCAGCAGAGGAGAGAGACUUCAUCCUUUACAUAGUAGCACAAAGGGCUGGCAUGUCUCUCUGUGCCUGACUGUGGCCACACAAGUGUCAGAAGCAGUCAAGAGAGCUACAGCAGAGACACAUCUCAUAUCUUCAAAACAGAAUGAAUGUCCUGCUAGGGAAAAAUGUGUGGUUCCUCCCAACUUGAAGACUGCAAGAGUUGAGCUCACACAUCCAAAAGCUCACCUUGAAGACAGAACAAACACACCACCUGCUUUGCCAACAGUCACCCUGCAAAGGGCUGAACCUUAAAGCUGAGGUGAAAAUAAAAAUAAACUGGAAGGAAAGAGUGAGCAAAGGUCUACAUCAAAUACCUGUGUACUGCAGUCCUUUGCAAGGCGCUGUGGUACAGGGAAGGCAAAGAUGCUUUGAAAACACCAGGCACAGCUAGACACCUGGUCGAGCCAGCGUAUCUCACCUCUUCUGCUGUUAACUUCUGCUGGACGUGAGGCUACUUUUAAACUGUGUUAAUUCUGUUGAUACUUGUGAUGAAAUAAUAUAGGAAGGUGGUGUGCCUACUCUCAUAUUGCCAGAUGUGUGUGAAAUACACAGCAACAACCUGGUGGUGGACUCAGAAAACAUGGAAGAGAGCUGCUCAAAGCGAGCCGGCUCACGAAGACUCCUGAUGUUACCCCAUCAUAUCACUCUUGGGCCAAACUGCGCAGGACUGCGUUAGUCUGCGGCUGGGCAGGUAGGCUGGAAGCCGGAAGUUUGCCUAGCAUACAAGAAGCAGAAUUCUAUUAAGUGUCUCUCUAGGCUGAAGAACUUGAAGAUGUCAAUAACCACAACUGACCCUUAAUGAGAAAUCGUUGUGUGUCUCUUUUAAUGUGUUGUGUUGAGGAGGGUUCAAAUCACAGCACAGCGGAACCCAUCUGAACAAACGAAUCCACUUGCAGUGAGCAUGUCAUUCAGUUAUGGAAACACACAGUUGGAAAAAAAAAUCACGUUUUAAUUCCCCAUAAGUAAACUGACAGGGAGCGAUAAAAUCAGCACUGAAGGAACACGGGAACAGUAAAACCUAAUGAACCUACAGAAAGAAUUGUCUCCAAAGUGAGGGAGCGUUCUCACCUGCCUCCCCACUGCUCAAGCCUACACUAGCAGCACAUGUGCAGAAACGCAAUCGGACACAACUACUGCAAUUGUUACUAUCAUUUUCUUCUGCCGUUAGGUGCUAAGCACCUGACAACUACAUGCUGAGUCAUGCUAACAAAACUAAGCCUUUCGCUUGCUUUAAUAGUAAAAUUACCAUUACUGAGUCAUUAUCAUAAAAAGUGCAUUCAAGUACAUUACCACUUAUUUUAAAUAAACACCAAUUUUGAAACAAU